AAGUUUAUCAUAUGCUGCAAACCAACCGCAAAGUCAUUCUGGAGAAUUUCGUAGGCAGGUUGACAGGAGCUGUGCAGUUUCAGGCGGAAUAUACCGUGGAAUCAAUUAUUAAAUUUAAAAUUAUGGUCCUCUCGUAUACUAAAAACUUUUGUUGUACCGGUUAUUGAACAGUGAUUUUGGAUUGUGCCAGAAUUAUCAAACUAGUAGCAACUGCAGUACCUAAAAUAAACGGUUUUCGUUAUUGGGUACGGUAGAUACUCUGAGGAAGGCGCCGUUGGAACGUUUUUAUCCGUCAUUUCAUUCUUCGUCCCAGACUCGAAACCACAGUAAUCAUAAUGAGCAACCGAAAGAGAAUGCCGUCCUAUCGGCUCUGGGGUUCGACCGAGGAUGGCGAGGUCGAAUUCGAGUCAUUGACCACCGAGACUCUAGAAGGUGCUCUCCAGGUUAUAAGGGACUCCUUUUUCAAGGACGAGGCUGUCAGCCAAGGUGUAGAUCUGCUUUCCGAACCCGGAGCUGCCGAAGAGCUUGAGGAAUUGUGCAGAAUCAGUGCUAAGGACGGAGUCAGCGUCGUAGCAGUUGAAGUCAGCACUGGACGAGUGGUUGGAGUUGGUUUUAACAAGAUUCAAACGCUUGCGGUUCCCGGUGUUAAAGGAUUCUUUGAGAUCUUUGCGGAAAACUGCAAGUACAACUCGUCUCGAGCACUGACGGACUUCAUGAUAAACGUCGACUCGAGGCUCAACUUGUUCGAGCACUACAACGUCGACACUUUAUUGGAAGUGAUGUUUUUGGGCACGGCAUCCUCGCAUCGGAGACGGCGAAUCGGCCAAUUGGUUGUGGCAGCUUCGGUUGAAAUAGGGAAAGAGCUAAAAGCUGGAAAAGGUGUUAAAACUCCUGUUGAAGUUGACGGCGUUGAAAGCAUCGCGAAUAAGGAUGCAGUGCCUCAGCUUUGUUCUCUGAUUUGCAGCUCUCCUUACUCUCUUAAAAUUUGCAAAAAUCUCGGAUUCGAUACCCUCGUCACCGUUUCUUUUGACGAUUUCGAAUUCAAGGGGAAAAAAUACAGCGAACGAAUACGCGAUCCUGAAAACACGUCCAGUUAUCUCGUUGCUAAGCGGUUGUAAUCAAUUUUGAUUUUCAUAAAUUCUAUGGGGAUAAUUUUACGCGGAUUUAAAAGUCGAUCAAAUCUGUUCCGACAAUAUGUUCUGAAGCGGUUCGAAUUUUCCUUAUUUUUUCUUUGUAUUUUUAUGCUGCGUUAUGUGUUUCAAAAGAAAUUUCUUUGCAGUAUACAAAAGAAAACGUGUAUUUAAAUUUUGUAUCUGAAACAUAAAUUAUUUUUCCGAGUUAGUGCUGUUAAUUCGUAAUACUUGCAUUUGUGGUCAUAAUCUCGUCGAGUUUGACUAAUUGAACAAGCUGGUACAAAAUUAUGAGCUUCAUGUUUUAUGGCUUUUCAAAAGUUGGAAUCAACAACUUAAGCAUGUACGAAGAGAAGCUUGGAAUCUUAUAAUAAUUCAUUUAUAACUGUAGAAUUAUAUUAUACAAAAUACGAAUUGUUAAUGCGUCAAAAGUUGUGAUUUGAUUUUUAAGGAAACUCGUUUAGAACUU